AUGUCCACCACAGAAGUCUCCCGGCCGCAACCAGCCACGACCACAGGCAAACUCGCAACCUCCAGUGAGCCGCAAUAUGUCGUCCCCGUUGCCACAGUGAUUUCUACCUUUGAAGCCACAAAGGCGAGCACGGACGACAUCGUCACGCAAGCCGGCUUCGCAGGCUACUACAACAAUGUCCACGAGCGGCAGAAGACCCUCAUCGUCCUGUUGGUCAUCAAGGCAUUCCAGAAGCUGAGAUGCGACGUCGGGAGAACAAAGCCGGGUCAGAAACUAAGACCGAUAAAAUGCGUGCCAAACGUGCAGAAACAACUCGACUUCUGCUAUGAGAUGCUCACGGAAGCCGGCCUCAUCCGACGCGAAGGGGAUCAGUACGUCCGAACCGACGCACCGCUUCCAACGGGCAAUGAGAAGGAAGCUCUCCAACACAUAUUAAACGACUACCCGACUUACACAUCUCUAAACAAACUGGUGGCGCAUGCGGGCAACAACCUAGCCGAGAUCUACGCCGGCCGUACAGACGGCGUGAGAUCCAUCUUCGGGUCCCCCGAAGGCCGGGAGUAUCUCGAAGACAUCUACGGCGCAGCACACCCCAGCAAAGCCUUCCACAAACUCAUGGAAGAUUUCUUCGCCCGCUUCACCAAAGCCAUCAGCGUACCAGACGGGGCACAACUCAAGAUCCUGGAGCUGGGCGCCGGUACCGGCGGAACCACGAAAUGGCUUGCCCCCUUGCUCUCCAGAUCGGAAGUGCCCGUGGAAUACACCUUCACGGAUCUCGCCCACGGGUUCAUCGCGCAAGCCGCGCGCAAGUUCAACGAGUUUCCUUUCAUGACCUUCCGCACGCAAGAUAUCGAGAAGCCUCCGCCCGCUGAGUUGGUGGGAACGCAACAUAUCGUGAUUGCCGUGAACGCGGUGCAUGCGACGCCCGAUAUGGUCAAGUCGCUUCGCAACACGCGACAAUUCUUGCGACCGGAUGGCUUCGCGAUUGUGAUGGAGGUCCAGGAGAGGCUGUGCUGGGCUGACUUUGUGUUUGGACUGUUCGAGGGCUGGUGGCUGUUCCAGGACGGACGUACUCACGCGACUGCGGAUGAGAUGGUUUGGAAGGACGCUUUCAAGGCUGCUGGGUUUGGUCAUGUAGAUUGGACUGGUGGUCAGUUGAGAGAUUCGGGUCUGCAGAGGGUUUUCCUUGCAACUGCAUCGGCCAUCCCAUGA